AUGAGGUCUUCCACCCUCCUUAGCUUAGCCGCUGCCAUCUCCAGCGCGUCCGCUCAUUACUUCUUCCCCCACCUCAUCGUCAACGGCAACUUCACCGACUACAACGAAUAUGUCCGCGAGAAUACCCAGGGCUAUAUGCCCCUGAAAAACGGAUACGACAGCACAGACCUCCGCUGCCGGACUGACUCCAUGCGGUACGCAAGCAAGACCGGCAUCUACAAGGUGAAGGCCGGCGAUGAGGUUGGAUUCGGCCUCAACUUCGGCGGGCGGAUCCAGCAUCCCGGCCCGAUGCAGGCAUACCUUUCCAAAGCUCCGGGCGACGUGCGAGAGUACGACGGCUCCGGCGACUGGUUCAAGAUCUUCGAGCUCGGCCCCAAGACAUUCUCCAGCGAGGGCGUCCAGUGGGGUGCCUAUGACGUCGGCAACUUCACCUUCAAGUUGCCCGAAGCAACUCCGGCAGGACAGUAUCUCCUCCGCAUUGAACAUAUUGGCGUUCACGGAGCGGGAGAUUUCGGUGGGGCCGAGUUUUACUUCAACUGCGCGCAGAUUGAGGUCGAGAAUGCGAGCGGCAGCUCCGGAGUCCCGGGGCCGUUGGUCAAGAUCCCCGGAUUGUACACCGGCCACGAGCCCGGUAUUGAGUUCUACAUGUACCGCCCGUGGAUUGUGAAUUACACCAUGCCCGGCCCUGCCGUGUGGCCGCAGCCCCUCGCGGCGAACGUCACGGCUGAGGGUGUCAGCAUUGCCCCGACUGCUACUCCUUGGACUCUCCCGGCGAUCACCUCGACUCUUGUGGCGGAAAAUACGGUGCCUGCAGCGACGACGACUCUCACCUCGAACUCUACGUCUCUUCAACAGCCUGGCGAAGGACUUGUCUCUUCGACAUUGAGUGGAAGUGUUCAGACGGCUGAAGCGGUUUUGGUACCGUCCACGACAUCAACCUCGAGCUUGGCCAUCGUCUCCUCAACUAGCACCUCCAGGGUGUCACGAUGCGCUCCGCGAAGCACUGUGAUUCAGACUGUCUACGUUACUGCAAGUGUGUAG